AUGAAGUUCUCUCUCAUCGCAUUCACGGCCAUCGUGCCAUUGGCUUCCGCACACUUCAAGCUGAUGUAUCCCACCUCCCGUGGCUUCGAUGAAGAUACCAUGCCCAAUUUCCCCUGCGGUGGAAUGAGCCAGUCCUCUAAUCGCACCAAGCUACCACUGUCCGGUGGCUCAUUCCCCGUAGCUCUUGAGAUGCACCAUUCUCAGACUGCCGUCGAGAUCCUUCUUUCUCUGGGUAGCGAUCCGGGAGACAACUACAACAUUAUCCUCUCGCCAACUUUCCAGGUCAAAGGCCUUGGCGAGUUCUGUCUUCCUCACGUCGAGAUCAAUCAGAAGCUGAUCGGCCGUAAUCUCACCAACGGAAUGAACGCUACCCUCCAGGUACAGACCAACGGUGACCCAAGUGGUGGUCUCUAUGCUUGUGCCGACAUCCAAUUCUCCUCCGACGUCACAUACCAGACACCAUCUGCCUGUAGCAAUAACACCAAUCUCGUUGCCACCGCCUUCUCCGGUGCUUCUGCUGCGCGUAAUGCCAACGAGUCUACUGCUGAGGGUCAAGCACAGAGCGGAUCCUCAUCCACUUCCUCCACUUCCUCCACCUCCACCUCCACUUCCAAGGGUGCUGCUGUGCCGAUGCAAACUGCCGCUUGGGGAGUUAUUGGUGCUGUUCUCGUCGGUGGAAUUGCUGCACUGUAA